CUCGAAAGUAAUCAGCUGUUGCGUGAAGUAAAAGCAUUUGAUUUUACUAUUGUAAAAGAAAAAUGCAGGAUUUGAGGAACGCCGACACGCUGCGACUGCCAAACGGCGACGGAGCAGCGGCCAACGAUGAGGUCAAGUCGCCGUUCCUGAUCGGCGUGGCCGGCGGUACGGCCAGCGGCAAGUCCACUGUGUGCAAAAAGAUCAUGGAGCAACUUGGCCAGGCGGAAAUGGAUCACACGCAGCGCCAGGUGGUGUCCAUCAGCCAGGACAGCUUCUACCGCGAACUGACGCCCGCGGAGAAGGCCAAGGCACAGAAGGGCCUCUUCAACUUCGAUCAUCCGGAUGCCUUCAAUGAGGAGCUCAUGUACAGCACGCUGCAGAACAUCCUGAAGGGCCACAAAGUGGAGAUACCCAGCUACGACUACCGCACCAACUCGCUCGACUUUGAAAACGUUCUGGUUAUCUACCCAGCCGAUGUGGUCUUGUUCGAGGGCAUCCUGGUGUUUUACUUUCCCAAGAUACGCGAGCUGUUCCACAUGAAGCUGUUCGUGGACACAGACUCUGAUACCAGAUUGGCGAGGAGAGUGCCACGUGAUAUCAAUGAACGUGGUCGGGAUUUGGAUGCUGUGCUUACCCAGUACAUGACCUUCGUAAAGCCGGCUUUCGAGGAGUUCUGCUCGCCCACGAAAAAGUUUGCUGACGUUAUUAUACCACGAGGCGCGGACAACACAGUUGCCAUUGAUCUUAUUGUACACCAUAUCGGGGAGAUUCUCGCCACUACCAACAGCGCACAGCACAGCAACACAAUCAGGGUAGCGGCGUCUAGCAUGAAGCGAGAUCACUAAACGCAAAUAUAAACUCGCUUCUGAGGCGGCCAAUUCCUCGUCCUAGCGCCGCGUCUUGAGCUUGUACUAAUUGCCAAAAAAAACUAAAGUCCAAAAGCUAAAGACAGAUAUAGAAACCCGUGGCGGCGCAGCACACUAAGGCAAAUGUCCAUUAAUGAGCGCCGGCAUCGCUUCUCAUUUGGUCUUCUCAUCGUAACCGAUUAACGUAGUUUUAAGAUUGAAAAGUAUCUUUAUCUUUAGCAUCUACUCUUGCAUUUGUUCAACAAUACAUGGUAGUGUGUAUGUAAGCUCGUUUCCGUUCAUCCAGAUAACCCAGCCCAACCAAGCGAAUGCGAUUCCAGUCUUAAGUUGUACAAAAUUCGACAGUUAAAAGUUAACCCUGGUGCCUAGACCCAAUUGGCUUUCCUCCGAGGACUUAAGCACUCUGUUCACCAAACCACACAUGUUACACAUAUAACUAUUGUAUCUAUAUUCCGAUGCCCGAUACUUUGAAAACUACUCUUAUCCAUUUCUGGUUUGUGAAUGUUAGUAUAAGCAAUAACUUUAUUAAGUUUUAUAAGCAGCAUUUUCUUGAAUUUUCCAAAUAUUUUGUAUAAACUCCCGACUAGAUUGUGUUAACUUUUUUGCAAUUAAGUAGCUUUGCAAACACAAUUAACUCAUUCGUUUAACUCAUAAAUUUUGGUCAUAUACUUUAUAGAUGUUCCUAUGAAUUGUUCCACUUAAUACAACUAACUAUAUAUUAGUUUAAAAGCAAUAUUAAUAACCAAAAUUCAAUGGGUUACUAAAAAUUAGCUUCUAGUAGCAUAAGUACCGGGCAUCUUAGAAGUCGAAACAUGCGACUUUAGUGUUAUCGAAUCGCGAAUCCCUCUUAAACACUUUAAUGCAGUCUCAAAUAUACAAAUGCAAGUCAGUGAUUAGCCUAUCAAGGCGUGAAGAUAAA